CAGGGAUAGAUAGGCUUUCUCCGCGCACCUGCGAGCUGUGUAGUAGCUUACUGUCCACAUACAGCAGAGGUCUGACAUAGUGUCCAUGGUAUGCACUGAACGUUAUAUUAACUAGAAACUAGUUUAAGGACUUUCGUAGACUUAGUUUAUAGUUAGAUAGAUAUUUGUUUAAUUCUUUCUUGACAAUGGAAGAAAUUGUCAGCCCCUUUCACAGACCCCGGUGUCUGGCGGCGGCGGCACCUGGAGGAAAAGCGAAAUUAACUCACCCAGGGAAGGCGAUUCUAGCAGGUGGUAUAGCAGGGGGUAUAGAAAUCUGUAUCACCUUCCCUACAGAGUAUGUGAAGACUCAGCUACAGCUGGACGAGAAGGCCAACCCUCCCAAAUACAGGGGCAUCGGUGAUUGUGUGAAGCAGACAGUACAGGGUCAUGGGGUGAGGGGACUGUAUAGAGGACUCAGCUCACUGGUCUACGGAUCCAUACCCAAAUCAGCUGUCAGGUUUGGUGUGUUUGAGUAUCUCAGUAACCAUGCCCGUGACGAGGCAGGGAAGUUGAACAGCACCAGGGGUCUGCUAUGUGGGCUGGGGGCUGGAGUCAUGGAGGCUGUAGUCAUAGUCUGCCCCAUGGAGACUGUCAAGGUUAAAUUCAUCCACGACCAGUCUUCAGCCAACCCCAAAUACAGAGGCUUCUACCAUGGAGUCAGGGAGAUCAUCAGAACCCAAGGUAUUAGGGGGACGUACCAGGGCCUGACAGCCACCGUUCUGAAGCAGGGCUCCAACCAGGCCAUCCGCUUCUACGUCAUGACCUCCCUCAGGAACUGGUACAAAGGGGAUAACCCCAAUAAGGCUAUUAACCCCGUGGUGACGGGAACGUUUGGAGCCAUUGCAGGAGCAGCCAGUGUGUUUGGGAACACCCCACUGGAUGUCAUUAAGACCAGGAUGCAGGGUCUGGAGGCUCAUAAGUAUAAGAGUACGCUGGACUGUGCCGUCAAGAUCAUGAGACACGAGGGUGUACGAGCGUUUUAUAAGGGGACGGUCCCUCGGCUGGGCCGUGUGUGUCUGGAUGUGGCCAUCGUCUUCAUCAUCUAUGAGGAGGUGGUCAAGGUUCUCAACACGGUCUGGAAGACGGAGUGAGGGGGCGCGGCGCGGCUGGAGCCUCUGACCUCUCUGGGCCAAACAGGAUGUGACCGGACAAAUACCUACUAUCACUCUGUAGUGGGUGCCCUAUCAUUCUGAGUUAAAGCAUAGUGGUUCUGCCUUGGCCUCAGGGUCUAGUUACAGUAGCAGCUAUAUGAGUUGUAACUUAUACCAUCCCAUGGAAAGGGUUUUCCUUUUGAGAAUUUAUGACCAAGCCUUUUAUGCAAUAACUUUACAUGUGUGAUAUGACAUUUAUUUUUAUAAUGCAUAUGAUUAUAACAAUUGAUGUUUAAUUGCAGUUCCAGAUUCCAUGCCCUCCAGUAGCAAGCUGCCAAGUUGUGACAAACCUAAUUAUUGUCACAGUUCUACUGUAAUACAACUCACCCUUUAGGGCUGGCUAACAGCGUUUUCCUCAAGUGAGAAGUAAUAUAUUCUGACCAAGAGAAGAGAAAAAUGUAAAUAAUCUACUGAUUCAUAAUAUAUUGAUCAGAGUCUUUAUCAAUGUAUUUAUUGAACGUUGAAUGUUGACUAAUGUGUCUUUGUGUUCGAGACCGUUGCUGUUAUACUGUGCAGUGUUAUGAACUAACUAGUAAGCUAAUGCGCUACAGUGUAGGGAUUGGGUGGGUGCAAGAGGUCGCAUUGGGUUCAUUACAGCUCAUUCCGACUCAACCAUAAGUCAGUUUCCUAGCUCACAAGGCAUCCUACCACAGAUGUUUGUAUUCCAGACAGAUGAGCCACGUUCUGAGAUGGAACCCUAGGGGAACAUUCACAUUCCAUCCACACACAUUCCAAUCAUUUCAGAGGCCUUUGUUGUCAAGCGUUGUAAAAUUCAAAAUCAUUGACAUUCUGUUAUAUUUGGUGCCAUUUUGGGGGUUGUUUUUGUGUUUUAAUUUCUUUCAUUAUUGUUGCCUUGCAGAUGUGGCUAUUCAUUUACGAAAACAACAAUUUUGAAACCAUUACAAUGUAUUAUGUAUUUCUUAAUCCAUCAUCUCAUCUAGGUUUUCAGGGUCUUGAUUGUACAGUGUAAUAAUGUGAGAGCAGUCUGAGUCUGCAGUUUGCCCUAACGACAAGAAAACAUGGCUUUAUUUUGCAUCAGUGGAAUAGCUCAUUAAAUGCAUUGUUAUUUAGCUUUUAGCGACCAAUACCUUUGACUCUGUGUUGUCAGUAACGGUAGAUUGACUGUUUUGACUCUGUGUUGUCAGUAACAGUAGAUUGACUGUUUUGACUCUGUGUUGUCAAUAACGGUAGAUUUACUGUUUUGACUCUGUGUUGUCAGUAACGGUAGAUUGACUGUUUUGACUCUGUGUUGUCAGUAACGGUAGAUUGACUGUUUUGACUCUGUGUUGUCAGUAACAGUAGAUUGACUGUUUUGACUCUGUGUUGUCAAUAACGGUAGAUUGAUUGUUUUGACUCUGUGUUGUCAGUAACAGUAGAUUGACUGUUUUGACUCUGUGUUGUCAAUAACGGUAGAUUGAUUGUUUUGACUCUGUGUUGUCAGUAACGUUAGAUCGACUGUUUUGGCUCUGCUUUUACAUACAGUAAGUGCUGCAUAAAAUAUGUACUGUAAGGUGCGGAAGGCCUCAGUCCUCUCCUCAGCAUAUGCUGUUUUAGGGCUGGAUUCAAUAAUUUCCGAUUGAGCCGACAUAUGAGUCGUAUGCAGAGUUUACAGUGAAAAUUGCCUUUAAAUUUCAAUCAAGCUAUAACGCGGAUCUUCUGUGAUACUUCUGUGAUCGGAUUGAAUCCAGACAGAUUCCAUAAUAUCACCAUCAAAUUAAAUGGAUAUCAUUUCAAAUUCCUAGAGGAAUUCGCUGUGUUUCUUACCUUGUUAUAACCUCUAAAUCUAAGGUGGUAUUACAUCAAGGACCAAUAAAUAACCACUUUGCCUUUG